AUGUCUUCUCACGAGACUUUCAAGAUCAAGCGAUUCCUGGCCAAGAAGCUGAAGCAAAAGCAGAAUCGUCAUCCCCAAUGGAUUUGAAUGAAAACUGGUAAUAAAAUCAGGCACAACUCGAACAGAAGCCAUUGGAGAAGAACGAAGCUGGGUUUGUAA